CUAGUUCCGUAAGUGUAGAAGGGUUUUUUAGCUGGCUGGGUUGGAAGUUGGGUGUUUUUGUUGCGGAAAAGUUGGAUUUUUUAACGGAUUGCGAUUUUGCAAUUUGCAAAAAAGUAUGCGUCCUGUUUUUUAAUUGGUAUAUAGUGACAGCGUUUGUUAGUUUGUGCAUGCAUUUUAGUUUAUGGUUAAUUUGUAACAAUUUUAUACCUGACACAGCAUAAGCUGGAACAGUUACACUUUUAGUUUUAACUAACUUGAUACUCAAAUUAAUGUGAAAGCUGGAUUUAAUUAAUUUUCAUAAGUUUGAAUGAAAUGGAGAGUGGUGUCCAUUGUCCUAAGGCUGGCGACGUUCAAUAGCUUUGUAGCUUAUAUACAAAGAAAUUAGUUGAUAGAUAAAUAGUUGGAAAGUCUGUGAAAAUACAGGAUGAUUGCUUGGGCGAGAUUAAUUGUCUUGGCGUCUCUCUGUUUGGGAACAACCCAUGGACAAUUUCCACCACCACAAUCUAAUAAUAAUAAUAAUAAUAAUGGCAAUUUCAACCCCUUCAACCAGAACAACAACUUGGACAAUACAAAUCAGCAAUCAACGUUCAGAGAAAGAGAUAGGGACCCGUUUGGGAAUCCGUUUUUGAACAAUAAUGCAAAUAAUGCUCCUCUAACACCCCCACCUUCUAUUUCGCCACGGGACCGGGAUCGGGAUCGAGAACGAGAUUUUAACCCAUUUGAUGGAUCCUUUAACUCGUUUCCGCCUCAAGGUCUUCCUCCAAGACAAGACCCCUUCAAUCCAUUUUCAACCAGGAGAGAUUUUGGAAAUCCAUUUGCCAGCCCUCCGAGAUUUGAUACGUCGGAUUCAAGCUAUUAUUCUGGGAUUGAAAAUGAAAAAGAAUGUCCUCAAGGGUGGCACUUGUUCCCUCCAAAUCAGUCACCGCAACAGGCUUGUUACAAAUUUGUCCUGUCCCCAACUCACACGCGUAAUGAGGCACAGAGGAAUUGCCAGGCAUAUGGAAAUGGAGCUGAUUUACUAAGUCUGAAUAAUUUGGAAGAACACAGUUGGAUUGUGCGAAAAUUGCUUGCUUCUGACCCGCAUCAUCGAACGUGGUAUACGUCAACGCGACAGUCCGCUCCUGGAUUGUGGACAAAUGGCGAUGGGACUCAAAUGAUUAACAUGGACCAAGCCUUCUUACAAGAUCAACUUCCGGUUUAUAAUUUUGGAGAAGUUUACAACUAUGUGGCUUACAAUUUUUCAGAGAUGAGGAGCAUGUGGGGCCUUCUUAAAGUGUCAGGUCAGGAAGCUCACCAAUACAUUUGUGAAGUUCCGUUAGCCCAAGUGCCUUACAUUCAAGUGGACAAUCGAGAUUUUGAAUAUGGAUUUGACGUAAUUGACCCAAAGAAGAUUCCUAGAGGCCCAUUCUUUAUCAAGGAACCAAAGAAUGAAGUUUUCGACAUAUCAAGAGGAGUUCCUCUCAGCUAUGUUACUUUAACAUGCGUUGCUGGUGGAUGGCCUGCCCCCACAUACAUGUGGUUUAAGGAGGAAUAUCGGAACAAUACCCUAGUUUCGUAUCGUAUCGACCCAUUAAAGGAACAAAAGUACACCGUCAGUGGUGGAUCUCUCGUGAUUCAUGAACCAAGUCAAAAAGUGGACAGAGGAAACUAUCAUUGUAUUGCAUCCAAUGAAUUCGGCUCCAUAAUUUCGGAAACUGUUUCUCUUUCAUUCGGUUAUAUUGCGGAAUUUAUACUUGUUCGAACUACAGAAUAUGCUAACCAGUUUUGGGGAAAAGCAAUCUAUUGCGACCCACCCCAACAUUUUCCAGCUGUUCACUACUACUGGUCUCGCACUUACUUUCCCAACUUCCUGGAGGAAGACCAAAGAGUGUUUGUGUCUUACGAUGGAAAUUUGUAUAUCUCAGCAGUAGAUAUGAGUGAUUCUGGCAAAUACAGUUGCAACGUUCAAAGUACAGUUUCAGACUCUGGAAGAAAUGGGCCAUUCUUCAACUUACAAGUCGUACCUCAUGGAAAUCCCCAACAACUCAAGUUUCCUAAUAAUUUCCCCAAAGUCUUUCCUGAAGCUCCGAAAGCUGGGGACAUGAUUCGAUUAGAAUGUGUAGCUUUUGGAUAUCCCGUCCCUUCUUAUAACUGGACGAGGAAGGGUUCUGGUCUUCCAAGAACGGCAAUCUUAUCAAACUACAAUAGAGUGAUCUUACUAAAAAACGUGACAGUCGAAGACCAAGGAGAAUAUGUCUGUCGAGCAUCCAAUAGCCGACUGUACAUUGAGGCUUCUGUAACUUUAAGCAUUCAAGCUGCUCCACAUUAUACCAUCCCCCUUGAAAACAAACAUCUCGACAAGGACUCAGAUCUUACAUGGACAUGUGAAGCCUUUGGAAUUCCUGACGUUUCCUAUCAAUGGUACAAGAACGGUAUUAUGAUAGAAGGGGAAACAUUACAUCCGCAGGAUAUCGGAAGAUAUUUUGUUCAAGACAAUGUGCUGACGAUAAGAAAGUUGGACGAAGAAAGGGAUGCAGGAAUGUAUCAAUGUAGGGCAAAUAACUCCUUGGCUGUUAAAUUCUCAUCUGCCCAACUUAGGGUCCUUCUGCUAAGACCCAGUUUCAAAAAGCGACCCGUUGACGCUGAAAUAUUGGCAAUGGAAAAUGGAAACGUUACGAUUCGCUGUGAUCCGGAAGCCGCUCCAAGGCCACGAGUUCAAUGGAGAAAGGACGGCAAUCUUAUUGGAUCCGGAGGUCGAAGACAAAUCUUGCCUAGUGGAAGUUUGCAGAUCAUGCCCGUUUCUCGAGAUGAUGCUGGAAUAUACACCUGCAUUGCAACCAAUAUACGAGGAACGGAAGACAGUACUGGACGACUGACCGUGCUAAGGGGUCCAAUCCUUGUGGAACAACUUCCCGAUCGAAUUCAGUAUGCAGUCGGAUCACAACUUUCACUUCGGUGUCGUGCAGAUGCGGAUCCUUCCCUUGACAUUUCUUACAUUUGGAGACACAAUGGACUCAGGAUUGAUGACACGUUACCUAGAGUUCGUCUAGAUCCGAGAUUUGGCUAUUUAGAAAUUUUCAACUUGACAUUGGCCGACAAGGGAGACUACGAAUGUGAGGUUAUAAGCUGGGUUGGAAAAUUAUUUUCCGGAAGCCGUGUCGAAAUUCGUGGCCCACCUGGUCCUCCUGGGGGUGUCGAAGCGUUUGACCUUUCUGCCACUAACGCCACCGUCCGAUGGACCGAUGGAGCGACCAACGGCGCCAUUGCAUAUCUGUAUACCAUUGAAGGCAGAACACAAUGGGACUCCACAUGGGAUUUGUUGGCUAUAAAUGUCACGGCGUUUGAUGCAGAUCGAACAUUGGGUCCUCGAGUUGGCGAGAAUUUAAGAAAGGAGGUCAGAAUCUUGGGGACGCUUUCUCCUUGGUGUGCCUACGAGUUCCGAGUUAUUGCAUCCAAUGAGUUUGGAUCUGGGGAGCCCUCGAACCCUUCCCCUCAAUACAACACCCUCACAGCACCACCAUUCAUUGCACCAAGAAAGGUUUCUGGUGGUGGAGGCAAAACCAAUUCGUUGAGUCUCGCCUGGGAUCCACUUCCACCCAAAGACCAGAAUGCUCCUGGAAUUCACUACAAGAUAUUUUGGCGUCGCUACCGUGAAGACAUUAUCGAAGAGUAUCAGACUCAGGUUUUGGACAAAUGGGGAAACAUUGGAAUGUACGCCGUCUCAAUUCCAUCAAACUACUACUACACUUUAUACGAAGUGAAAGUUCAGGCUUGGAACUCUCGUGGGUAUGGUCCAAUUUCUCUAGCAUCUCGAAUCUACAGUGCGGAGGAUAUGCCUCAAACAACACCUACAGUGGUUAUGCCAAUUCCUUACAACUCCACUGCUAUCAAUGUUACUUGGACUGCGGUGGAAGAAACUAGAGAAAAGAUUCGUGGAGAAUUGUUGGGCUACCGGAUCCGAUACUGGCAGAAGAAGGACAAUAAUUUGUAUGAUGCGGAAGCAUUAAAUUAUUUAAGUCGGUCAAAGAAUCCGUACGCUCUUAUUCUUGGUUUGAUCCCAAACACGUAUUAUUACGUACAAGUUAUGGCAUACAACUCUGCCGGGCCUGGACCUGCCAGUGAACCUAUAUACGAGAGAACAUUGAAAAAGGCCCCACAGAAACCUCCAACUUCUGUCAUUGUCAACGCGCUUGAUCCCUCAACUAUUACAGUCACUUGGAGAUACGUGGCACCAUCAACUGAUGAAGAAGCUCUCAGCGGUUACAAGGUGAGAAUUUGGGAAGCAGAUCAAGACAUCGCUACUGCCAACGAUACAUACAUUCCAAUCGGUUCGAGAAAAUUGGAAACCACGAUUGGAGGACUACAGCCUGGAAAGAUGUAUGUUCUCCGAGUGCUUGCAUACUCGAAUGGAGGAGAUGGCAAGAUGUCUUCACCUGCCAAGGAAUUCAUUUUGGGUGACCCAGAAGCUCUCAGGAGUAGUGCGACCCCAAGAAUACAUUCAAUCCUGCAGUGUGUACUUAGCGUGGUGGGCUUAUUCUUUUUUAAUAUCAUUUCAGAUUUUAACCGCAAUCAUGUGCAACUCUAGUUUUAGUUUAGAUUAUUUCUUCGUAUUAACAUUGUGGUUUUAGUGACUUUUAUAGUUUUUUUACUGUUAACAUUCCCCGUGAACACAAACCAAAACAUGCCUCCGCAAAAUUAUGUACAUGACAGUCUUGAAUAUUGCAUUCCUUUGGACGAAUGCUAAAAUUAUGGACCGGUGACUUAUCUAUAAGUAUAGAAGACUGAACAAAUAUGUAGACUUAUUACAUCCAGUUCUCUCUAGCAGCUACAUACCCUGCGAGUCUCUCUGCCUGCUUAUUAUUUGUAAUGUAGCUGUGUAUACUUAACUUAGCAUGACAUUAUCAUCACUGUAUGCCAUUCCAAAACGCAAAAUGCUUUAAUGUUGGUGUUCAUAUCCUGUUCGUCCAUAUUUAUGAUAAACGACAAUCUCUGUGAAUCUCAGCCUUGUGAGUAUUUAACGCAUCUAGGAAGAAAAACUAUAUAUUGGUAUAAGCACAGACAUUUACUAGGAAAUAGAAUUAGUACAUUUUUAUAUAUUUUAUAUGUGAGCAAAUUAUUAUUAGUAUUUAGUGUAUCAUACAAAACCAACAGUGAACUUACAAAAAAAUAUGCUUAAGAACCGUCCAGAAUAAAUAGAUUUUCACAUGUGUUA